AUGGAUGUCCUUACACUUCUGCAGUCUCCACAAAGCUACCUGUGGGCGGUACUGUUGGGUGUCACCCUCCAUUUGACACUGUUACGUUAUGGCGAAUGGGACUCAUCUGCACCAUCUUUGAUCUCGGCCUUUUUCACCACGCAGUUGCUUCUCCUUGGGUUCUUGACUGCAUAUACACCAUCAUGGACAGCAGUCCUCCUUGCAGUGCUCCAUGUGUCGGCGCUAGGCAUGUGCGUUCUAGUAGGCACGUUUACUAGCAUCUUGAUAUAUCGUGGAUUCUUCCACCGGCUCUCUAGGUUUCCGGGCCCCUUCUUGGCACGGCUGUCUACCAUAUACCCAACAUCACUUUCCGUUAGGUCCAAAUUACAUCUUUAUGAAGAGGUCCAAGCCUUGCACAGACAGUAUGGAGAUUUUGUGAGACUUGGACCCAUGGAGUUGUCUAUUGCAGAUCCUCGGGCGAUUCAAGCAGUAAACUCGGCGCAGACUCCCUGCACGAAGGGACCCUGGUAUAAUGGAAUGCGACCACGGGUGGCUCUGCAGAACAGCCGAGACAAGCAAGAGCAUUCUCACCGGAGGAAAGUUUGGGAUCGAGGCUUUGGUGCCAAAAGUCUUCGCGAUUAUGAACCCCGGGUCGUCUCAUACACCACGGGACUGAUGACUGCUAUCGAGUCGCAAAAGGGCACACCAUUAAAUGUCACCGACUGGUUCAACUUUUACAGCUUUGAUGUUAUGGGCGACCUAGCAUUUGGAAAAUCUUUCGAUAUGGUCAAGAAUGGCGUCAAGCACUACUUUAUGAACUCUCUCAAGACAAAUAUGACCAUGGCAGGCUACUUUAAACACGUUGUAUGGGUCGCUCCAAUCUUCAGGUCCAUACCGAUCCUUAAUUUCGAGCAUAAGAGAUUCUGGAACUUCGUCAAUAGCCAAGUGGACGAGAGGAUGAAGAUGAAGCCUGACAAGCCGGAUGUAUUCUCUUAUCUGCUUGAGGAAUAUGAAAAGCAAGACCCGAAGACGGCCCAGAGCCUGCUGAAUCUUCAGGCAGAUGCCUAUUUGAUUGUCGUUGCUGGGAGCGAUACCACCGCCGCAACUCUGACGACGCUCUUCUUUCAUCUGGCAACAGAACCCCAUUUAUUGACUAAGCUCCGGGAGCACGUGGAUCCUCUAUUUGAGUCCAACGAGGUUGAUGCUGGAGCACUCUCGAGGAGCAAGCACUUGGAUGCUUUCAUCAAUGAGACAUUACGUCUUCAUCCUCCCGUACCUUCAGGAGUCCAGCGAUUGACACCUCCCGAGGGGAUGAUGAUUGGGGACACCUUUGUGCCCGGGAACACGAUUGUAUAUGUCCCCCUAUACACUGUGUUCAGAGACGAACGAAAUUUCAGAAGACCAGAGGAAUUCCUCCCUGAAAGAUGGACCACAAACCCCGAAUUGACCGUGAAUGCCUCUGUUUUUGUUCCCUUUUCGUCAGGCCCAUAUAGCUGUAUUGGCAAACAGCUCGCGUUGAUGGAGUUGCGAUAUGUCACGGCUUACAUAGUCCACCGUUACGACUUCGCUCUGGCACAAGGGGAGGAUCCAGCCAGGUUCACUCGGGACAUGACUGACGGGUUUACUCUAGCCUGUCCGCCUUUGAACCUCGUCUUUACCGAAAGGAAAACGCCUUGA